AGGGCUAAUAAACCGGGGGCAGACUUGACUCGCUUCGUCCGGGACCUGUCGGAAGCCGAAAGGGGCGGGCGAUGAUGGAUUUCCGUUGAGCCGCCGCUGUCGCUUCGGAUCCACGCUGCUCCCCUCCUCCUCUUCCGCAUUAUCGCAUCGAGAUCUACAUCAGCGCCGCCGCCGACGGCGCCACUACCAUGAGCGGUUGCCCAUCGCGGUGCCACGCCUCGGAUCUCGCCGGCAGAUCCGCCCUCAAAUAUCCAAAUGGACGCUACCUCUCGCCCAGCGGUGGUCAUCGACAAUGGCACCGGGUAUACAAAAAUGGGAUUUGCUGGCAAUGUUGAACCUUCCUUCAUCAUCCCAACCAUAGUUGCUGUCAAUGAAUCUUUUUCGAAUCAACCAAAGAGUUCUAGUAAGGGAAAUUGGCUCACACAGCAUACUGCAGGUGUAGUGGCGGACCUUGACUUUUUAAUUGGAGAAGAAGCCUUAACAUGUUCUCGCUCUAGUAAUAUGUACAGUCUUAGUUACCCCAUCCAUCAUGGUCAGGUGGAAAAUUGGGAUACAAUGGAAAGAUUUUGGCAACAAUGUAUCUUUGAUUAUUUACGUUGUGACCCUGAAGAUCACUAUUUUCUUCUAACUGAGAGCCCCCUUACUGCUCCUGAAACCCGUGAAUAUACAGGAGAAAUCAUGUUUGAGACCUUUAAUAUUCCUGGAUUGUAUAUAGCAGUCCAACCAGUUCUAGCCCUUGCUGCUGGUUACACUACUUCAAAGUGUGAAAUGACAGGUGUUGUAGUUGAUGUUGGAGAUGGUGCUACACAUGUUGUUCCGGUUGCAGAUGGUUAUGUGAUAGGCAGUAGUAUCAGUUCAAUACCUAUAGCGGGCAAGAAUGUUACCCAGUUCAUUCAGCAGCUUAUGAAGGAGAGGGGUGAGCAUAUACCACCAGAAGAUUCUUUUGAAGUGGCAAGGAAGAUUAAAGAAGCAUAUUGCUACACGUGUUCGGACAUUGUAAAGGAAUUCAAUAGGCAUGACAAAGAGCCUGGUAAAUAUACAAAGCAAUGGGUUGGUACUAAACCAAAGACUGGGGUGCGAUACUCUUGUGAUAUUGGAUAUGAGCGUUUUCUUGGUCCUGAGAUUUUCUUCCAUCCUGAGAUAUACAAUAGUGAUUUUACCACUCCUUUACCUGCCGUUGUUGACAAAUGCAUUCAAUUAUCACCAAUUGACACCAGAAGGGCUCUAUAUAAGAAUAUAGUGUUAUCUGGGGGAUCAACCAUGUUUAAGGACUUCCAUAGAAGACUGCAACGAGAUUUGAAAAGGAUAGUGGAUGCACGGAUUGUUACAUCUGAAGCCCAAUUCAAAGAUGUAAAAGCUCAACCCAUUGAAGUUAAUGUUGUCAGCCAUCCUAUUCAGAGAUAUGCAGUUUGGUUUGGAGGUUCUGUGCUUGCAUCAACUUCUGAAUUUUAUGGGGCUUGCCACACAAAAGCAGAAUACGAGGAAUAUGGAGCUAGCAUAUGCCGAACGAAUCCUGUCUUCAAAGGAAUGUACUGAAAUCGAAGGAUUGAAUGCCAGCAUAAACAAAGUUCAUAAUCUUUUAUGAAGCCACAAACGGGCAAAAAUCAUUCCCAAUCUGUACAUUUGAGAGGCAACCAGAGGGGAUUUUCAAGUUGUAUAUUAGAUGUGUCAUUGCCUCAGGUAUGAAUUACCAUAGCAGUGAUCUCUGAAUACCCUGUUUGUGUUUUUUGUUUGGGUUAUUCAGCACAUAUUCCUGUAAACUUCUAUGGGAUUAUUCAGAACAAAGAUGAAUCACACCAACUCUCUCUAAGAUGUCA